UUCUCGGUUCGCCAGAAGCUAAUAUCCAUGCUGGCCGGAGGAGACUCAGUCGUCGACUGGGUUGUCCGCCUUGGGCUCUGCUGAUUUGCUAUCCGUCGACGAGGAUCGAGGACUAUAUAAGUGUGGCCAUAUCCCCCGAUGAAGUCGAUUCGGGUUCACAUCAGCACAACAACCCAGGAAGACAGCUUUUCCGGCUUCCCAGUACCCGUACACCCUUCAAAACACCCAUCUAACCAGAUACUCGGUGUAUCAGAGGUCAAAAUGCGGUCCUUCAUCGCUCUCCUGAUGCCCCUUCUUGCCGCGGCUAACCCCAUUGGCAUCAUCGGCAACGGUGACACCCCCAAUGUGAACGAAAUUACCAUCGUCAGCGCUUCCGCUAGUGGUAACGGGUGUCCUCAGGGGACCGUGACUACCGACCUCUCCCCUGACCGAAAGGUCAUCACCUUCGGAUUCGACGCCUUCCAGGUGUACACCGGACCUGGCACCAAGGUGUCUGAUAAGUCUAAGAACUGCCAGCUUCAUCUGAACCUCAAGUACCCAGGCGGCUUCCAGUUCGCCAUCGUCGAGUCCACGUACCACGGUUAUGCCCAACUCGACCCUGGUGUCACCGGAACUUUCUAUUCGACCUACUACUUCUCGCAGGACGCUGGUGCUACCACUACCACACGCACCUCCAUCGAGGGAGGCGGUAUCUGGGCUGGCGGCCAGGUGUACACCAAGCAGGACCAGGUCCCGACUGCUUCCGUCAUCUGGUCGCCCUGCGGCGCCACUGGAAUCCUCAACGUGAACAACCGUAUCGCGUUGACGUCGAGCAACGCGACCGCCUCGGGCCAGAUCUCGGACGACGAUGCCACCGUUGCCUUCACCCAGCAGGUCCACGUCAGCUGGCAGGCAUGCAAAUAGAUGGAAAAGAGCGGUUUCCGAGCACCCGAAUGAGGAAGAGGUUUCCUAGCUAGGACGCCGGCGAUUGGAAAGAGGAUAUCGUACGGGGGAGGGAGGAGCAGGGCGAGAAGGUGACAGGUUACGAGGGGACUAGGAGGACAGCCCGCACAUAUCGUAGGAUAGCCCGAUGAUCCAAUAUAUUCUUUUGAAACUCGAACCGGGAACGGGGUGCGAACAAUCAAUCCAUGGGCUCUCUUUUCUAGAACAACAGGUUGCCGCUCGAACAUACGGAGACCCAGAGGACGGCGAGCAACGCACGCGCGCCUCAGUUGGAGUGUAGCCAAAUACGAGCGAGAGCUUCGCGCUGGACCACGGAUACCAGGGACUG